AGCCUAGUGAGUCGGCUGCAUCAGUGUGAGAUGCUCUCAGAUUCUUCACAACAGAACCCAAUCCACCAAGCCUUCAUCCGAUCCUCUGAUUUUCUGCAAUUUCCGGUGGAACAAUGGAAAGCUUGAUCCCACAAGUCAAUCCAAUCAUUCCGAUAUCUACUUUGUAAUACCAGUCUUUAUGGGGAUACUUGCCUGAAUCCUCAAAAGGGUGAUCUCUGUCCCUUCUCUCUGAAACGUUUUCCCACUUGAACCUCCAGCGAGCUUUUCUCCAAAACAUCAUUCUGUACAAACCAUCUUCUGUUUUGUUAAGGAUUCAACCAUUUUGCUGUUCUACACCUGCUUAUGAGUCAAAGCUGUGGAGCCUCGGUUUCAUACAUGCACACUUUGAAAUAUCAACUUGGUAUGGCUGUAAUCACAAGAAGCUGCAAAAGGAGUUGAUCUCAUAUAUACACCUUGGGUAGCAAGUCGGUAGAUUGGUAAUUACCCAUAUCCGCAGAAGGGCAUUUCUACAGUUUCGCAUUUGAACUACCGCAGCUUAGUUCUUGGAAACCUCAUUGCUGAACAAACUUAUCCUUCUGUUCUUCUGAAAUUCAGAUUAUUUUGCUGUUUUGCACCAGCUCAUUAUUCAGAACUCCAAAGAGUAAUCUCUCGAUCGUGUUUGCCCUUCGCUACAACAACUUGGUAUGGUGGUAAUUGCACAAAUCCGGGAAAAGGCGUUACUAUCUUAUUUCUAUGAAAUGAUUUGUCAAUUGAACCACUAUGGAGUUGUUCUCAGAAAACCCACUUCUGCACACACCCUAUCUUUUACUCCACUGAGGAUUCGAUACUUUCACUGUUGUAGACCUGCCAAUUACUUGAAACUCGAGUCAUCUGUCCCUGGAAGGAGAGUCUCUCGGGUGGUUAGAACUGAAGCUCAGGAUGUGCUCUUUGAUUAUCUGCAUUGUACUAGGAGCUUCCACUUAACAGAUGCUGAACACAUGAGCAAGAACUCACCUCAUUUUCUUCAGAAAUUGCUGUCCAAGGUUGAAAAUGAGCAGGAUGUUGCUCGGUCCUUAUCGAAAUUCCUUAGAUACAAUCCCAUUAAUGAAUUUGAGCCCUUUUUCGAGAGCUUGGGUUUAGCCCCAUCUGAGAUCUCUGCUCUGCUCCCUCGGAAUUUGAUGUUUUUGAGUGAUGAUUGUGUCAUGAUAGAGAAUUACCAUGUUCUAUGUGAUUAUGGUAUUGCACGGAGUAGCAUUGGUAGGAUGUAUAAGGAGGUGCAAGCCAUUUUCAGGUAUGAGCUUGGGUUAUUGGGUUCAAAGGUUCGAGCAUAUGAAGGACUAGGUUUGAGUAGAUCCACAGUUAUUAAGCUUGUUAGUUGCUGCCCCUGGCUUUUGGUUGGCGGCGUUAAUAGUGAAUUUGUUAUGGUUCUUAAGAGGGUAAAUGGAUUAGGCUUUGAGAAUGAUUGGAUUGGUGGAUAUUUAUCGGGUAAAAGCUCAUACAAUUGGAAAAGAAUGCAUGAUACAAUUGAUUUUCUUGAGAAAGUGGGAUAUAGUGAGGGGCAAAUGGUGAGUUUAUUUAAAACAAAUCCUGAACUGCUGUUUGAAGGCUCCGGCAAGAUAUUCUAUGUGUUGAUUGGACGGUUACUUAAAUUGGGUUUCAAAAUGAAGGGGGUUUUGUCUUUGUUCUUACAAAACCCUCAAAUCUUGUCAAAGAAGUGUGCAAAGAAUCUUUGGCAGGCAGUGGGUUUUCUCUUUGAGAUAGGAAUGAAGGUAGAAGAUAUUGUAAGUAUAGUAUCUUCCCAUGUGCAACUUCUGUGUUCAUGUUCUCUGAAAGGACCCAGAACUGUUUUAAGGAGCUUAAAAGUUGGGAGAGAGGGUUUAUGUCAAAUUAUAAAAGAAGACCCAUCUGAGUUGCUAAGAUUGGCUUCAAAAUCAAAGAUUAAUAGCAUGGAACAUGUAACUUGCCAAAGUCCAAGUAAACAUUUAGAGAAAACAACAUUCUUGUUGAGGUUAGGAUAUGUUGAAAACUCGGAUGAGAUGUUCAAAGCAUUGAAACUGUUCAGGGGCAGAGGGGAUCAAUUACAAGAGAGGUUUGACUGCCUGGUACAAGCUGGUUUGGAUUGCAAUGUUGUUUCAAACAUGAUUAAACAAGCUCCAUCAGUGCUAAACCAGACUAAAUAUGUGAUUGAGAAGAAGAUUGACUGCCUAAGAAAUUGCUUAGGUUACCCAUUGCAAUCUGUUGUGGCAUUUCCAUCAUAUUUAUGUUACGACAUUGAGAGGAUCAAUCUUAGAUUUUCAAUGUAUGUGUGGCUGAGGGAUAAAGGUGCAGCAAAAUCCAACUUGUCUUUGAGCACAAUCCUUGCAUGUUCAGAUGCAAGAUUUGUGAAGUAUUUUGUAGAUGUCCACCCAGAAGGGCCUGCCCAAUGGGAAAGAUUAAGGAAAUCAUUACCUUGAAGCAAAGAGCUAUUCCAAUCUUCAUUCAUACAUACAUGAUGUUUUACCGAAAAUGAAACAUUCAGAUAUAAAUAAGCUUACUUGCUAAGAAUCUGUUAGCUUGUUUUACUUUUCAUUGGAUUUAUUCA